AUGAACUCCAUAUCUGAGAGUGAAUACUUCCAAAAAUGUCGCUAUAUUCAUGAAGUGGAGUUGGUGAAUAUGAAACUUCAAAUACGAAUACUAGAAACACAUCUAGAGAAUAAAGAUCGCCUCAUUAGGAAUUUAGAAGAUAUUAUUGACGAGCAAGAAACUCGAAUAUCUCGUAUGGAGGAUUUUAUACAAGGGGGGACGUUUUCAGGUCGCGCCAGCUCCUAUACACCGAGCUCGAAAAUUCUCAAAGGGAUUUCAGUGCUUUCGUUGGACUUUGGUGCUCUUCGAGAUGAAAAUAUGAGGUUGAAAGUGGCGCUGGCCGAAGUGCACAGAAAUCAACGUCUAUCACAGCUUACAGAAGAUGAGGACUACGAGAGCGACAUACCGUCAAGUGAGGACCGCUUCAGAGUUAGGUAUCACUCUAUUUCCAUUCAAAAUGUGAACUACCAAGAGCUGGCACAAACCAUCAAAGACGACGGACAUCUGAAGAAAUUGAAGAGAGUGGCCGACGAUCUCAAAAGGGAAAAGGAUGAAUUACGACAAUUGGUCAUUGACUCGAAAGAUGCAUUCUCAGUAUGUAUGGGUGAGCUAAAGAAAGCAAAGAAGGAAAAGAAGCAAAGGCAAACAAUUGGAAGAAAACGAUAUUUGGAAAUUUAUGAUAGAUUCCAGUUACGUCUAAUGCUCGAGUCAAAGACAACCGACUUCUUUCGAGUGCUGAUCGGUCGAUACUGCUCCGAAAUGCAGAAACGGAAGCAGCUACACAAUCAAUUAGUUGAAAUCAAUGGCAAUAUACGUGUGUUCUAUCGAAUUCGACCGCAACUAGGGAAAGUGGAUGAAAAUCCGGUUGUGCUCAUUGACGAAAUGGACAACGGUGUUGUACAUCUAACACAACCGACUGGUAGAAAGACUAGUGAAGGAGCCGACUUCGUUAUUCCAAUGGGAUACACGCAAGAAGAGAUUUUCCUGAAAGUUUCGCCAAUCAUCACAAGCUGUAUUGAUGGCUACAACGUUUGCUUAUUUGCCUAUGGUCAUACCGGUAGCGGGAAAACGUACACGAUGGAGGGACCUGAGUCUGAUCCGGGAAUCAAUCAACGAGCGAUUAUGCAACUAUUUGAGGCUGCUGUUGAUGGUCAGAAAAGUAAUAUUGUAUACGAGAUCAAAGUCUCUAUGAUGGAAAUCUACAACGAAAAAAUCAGAGAUCUGCUGGGUUCAUCAAACGCCGCGUUAACAAUUCGAAUGACUGAAGAAGGUCAGCUGUCUAUCCCAGGGCUGCAAGAGAUCCAAGUAACGUCUGUUCAGCACGUCAUCGAUGUUUUACGAGAAGGACGAAAGAACAAGGCAGUAGCGUCUACAGAGGCAAAUUCUUGCUCCAGUAGAUCUCACGUAAUAGUUCGAGUUGUUGUCACGGCGAAAAACAAUAUUACUGGUACGACUACAGUCGGUCGCCUGAAUCUUAUUGAUUUGGCUGGAUCGGAACGGGUUUCUCAAACAAACGCCACUGGUCAACUACUGAAAGAAGCUCAAGCUAUCAACAAGUCACUUUCCGAACUGGGAAAUGUUGUUCUGGCUCUUCGCCAAAAUCAGAAACAUAUUCCAUUUCGAAACUGCCAAUUGACGAGGAUUCUGGAAGAUAGUCUUAACGGUGAUAGUAAAACGCUGGUCAUUGUUCAUCUCUCUCCUGAUGCAGUUCAUUACAACGAAAGCGCUUCCAGUAUGAGUUUUGCUGAGAAAAUCGGUCAAAUUCAGACAAAAGGACUUCGGCGGGAUACUGUGUCUCGAAGGAGUGCUACUGGUAGCAAGUAA